CUCUCAUUCGUCUUCUCAUCUGCAAUCUGUGAUCAUCGCUGCCUAGCUCGCUGCCUCGCAUAAAAUUAAAAUUAAUUCGAUACGUUUAUUAUUUCGCUAAAUUAAUAACUACUCGCUGCACGAAAACAUGUCGACACCUGCUCGUCGUCGUUUGAUGCGUGAUUUCAAAAGACUGCAAGAUGACCCACCAUCGGGAGUCUCUGGUGCGCCUUCGGAAAACAACAUUAUGGUUUGGAAUGCCAUUAUUUUCGGACCUCAUGACACUCCAUUUGAGGACGGAACUUUCAAGCUGACUGUUGAAUUUACCGAAGAAUACCCAAACAAGCCGCCUUCCGUGCGAUUUCAAUCCAAAAUGUUUCAUCCUAACGUUUACGCAGAUGGUGGAAUCUGUUUGGACAUUUUACAAAAUCGAUGGUCUCCAACCUAUGAUGUUAGUGCGAUUCUGACAUCAAUCCAGUCACUUCUGAGCGAUCCAAAUCCAAAUUCUCCGGCUAACAGCAUGGCUGCCCAAUUGUACAAGGAGAAUCGUCGCGAGUACGAGAAGCGAGUGAAAGCAUGCGUUGAACAGUCCUGGAUAGAUUAACGAUAUCUGAACUUUAAUCUCAUCACAUCACCAAUCAGUAUCUCUGACUUUCCGUGAACGAUUUUAGCAUACCAAACCUCAAUGAUCGAAAUUAAUUGUCGUUAUAUAAUUUGUCUAAACAAAAGCGAAGGUGCGUAUACAUAGCAGCUCUCAGUCCUGUGUUCUCUAAAUCAAAUGUUAUGUUCUUGUAUUUUAUUAGUACUGAAGGGUCAGAACUGAUUUGUAAUAAAUAAAAUUGUAACAGUCACUGUAUAGUAAAAACCUCCGCAUUACAUUGCAAUUAAAAACAUUUGUAUAGAUAUAUAUAUAUAGUUUCAUGACUCCUCUGCUAAAAAUGACGUAUUUCUCGUGCCUAAUUGAAAAUAUUGUUAAUAAUUUCAUUUGCUUUAUAUUAUAUAUGCUCAAAGCUUUUUCAAUAGUUCAUGCCGGUAUUAUUAUAGGAUUUAGUUUUUGAAAGAGUGUAGUUUAUAGAUAGAACUCGCAUGAGUUAGUAUAUGGCCUACUAAUAGUGGAUAGUUCGCAUAGUUGUGGAUGUUAAGAGAACGUUGUCUGCAUGUCAGCGUGAAACAAGGAACAGUGCAACAAUAUUAACCCUAUGCAAUCCGUUGACACCGAGCAACGACGAUCCGUUAUUGUACUGUACUUAAUUUAUCGUUUUAUAGUAUUACUUAUUUUUGAACAUUUCUUCUUUUUCUCAUUAAUCUAUAUUCUGUCGUCUGUACAACUAGUUUUAGAAAAUCUUUCAAAGGGUAGAGUUAGAAACAACAAAUCUUUCCUCCAAGUCAGUGCAACCAUUGCAGUUGAUUUGUUUAAAACAAUAAGUCCGAAAUAUACUGUGUUAAUUUGAAACUGGGAAUUACCUACUAGAAAAUUGUUAUGCACCAAAAAAUAACAAACGUGCUGUAAAUAUAAGUCAAGAUGUGAGUCGUGUUGCAGACGUCCCCUGCUCUACGGGAUCGGUAUCGCCUAUUCAUAAUAUUUCGAAUCGAAUGUAGAGCUCGUUUAAUAAAUAAUAAUAUCGGAUCGAAUAAACGGUUUAAACAUAA